AUUAUUAACAAAAAUCGAUAUGCUAAACAGACUACAAUUGAGAGGAAGAAGCAUCUCCAAGUACUUCCAUAGCAUAGCUCAGGCGAGACCUAGCGCCUCUGUGGAUCUCUACAUUCCUAAUGGGGCAGAGAAUAUCUUUGGCAUCAGGGACAAGAUUGACGAAGAAAGCAUUCUAAAUACUCCUAGCCCUUUUGUAGCCGAUAAGGCAAAGAGCCUAUUUGAGAAGUACAAGUUAGGUGAAAACGAUCAAUUUUCUUUUGUCGAGCUCACACUUGGCAAGAGGAUCAAGCUUACUCAUGAUACAUACCUUUUCAAGCUGGAUUUCCCAGAGGAAGAUAAAGACCUUGUCAUGGGGACUGACAUUGCGAGGGCCAUUCGGUUCUUUAAAGUCCUGCCAACCAAGGAAAAUCCCGAAGGAAUUAUGAUCAAAAGAUAUUAUACCACUUCUUCUCCAGUCGACAUGAAGGGGUCAGUUGAAGUCCCAAUUAAAAUCUACAGAGCCAAUGAAAAUUCUGAGUUUUCUGAAGGAGGAGUAAUGACAACCUAUCUCGAAAAUAUGAGAUUAGGAGACAAAAUCCUUGUAAAUGGACCAAUUGAGAGACUCCAGUAUUACGGAAAUGGGCUCGUUCGAACAGGUGAAAAAGGACCCUAUGAUAUUGUAAAGAAGAAUCAUUUGGCAUUUGUAGUUGGAGGAAGUGGAAUCACUCCUUACUACCGGAUUAUCAAGGACGCUCUAGAGAAUGGAGAUCCCACAAAGUUCACUCUUAUCUACAGUAAUAGGACCGAAGAUGACUUUAUUUUUGGGGACGAGUUAGAAGAACUAGCACUUUUAUAUCCACACAAAUUCACUUACAAAAAGGCUAUCACAAAUCCACUAAACCAUGAAAAUUUGGAAGAUGUACACAUUGGAAGGUUGACACCAGAAUACCUCCUGGAGCAUCUUCCAGCUCCAAAUGAAAAUGUCCUAGUGGCUAAUAUGGGCCCAAAGUCCUUCAAUAGGUUCUUUGCAAACUUCAUUCUUCGCCAUACCUCGUACGACCCUAUCACACAGGUCUUCUCUCGAGAUGUGGAUUCAUUAAUAUUCUAAGCAAAUUCUUAAUUUUAACCCUUUUGUGAC